GCUGGUGUCGGAAAUGCACCGUUAACAUUGGAUGCCAAUCGCCGUUAAACCCCAUCGAAGAAGAAGAAGAAGAAGAAGAAGAGGCAGUAGCAAAUGUCUUUUCGUCACAAGUCUAGACGAACUGACGCUGACUAUAACGGAGAUGAAAAUAGGAAUAGGGGCCCUUUGAAGCGGUAUAACUACUGGAAACGUGUAGCUGAUGGCAGUAUGAGAUCAAAUGAGGACAUGGACUCCACCAGUGAUCUGAAGAAGAGUAAUGUCAACCACAGACGCACUGAUAUCAGACCUGUUAGUUGUACCACUCCUGAAAGUGAAGGUCCAGUUCCCAGAUGCAUGGACUGGGAGCGUGAAGUGGAGACUGACGAAAUGUGCUCAAGCGUCUGUUGUGACAUGCAACGUUACAGGAGGAGGACACUGGCAACAGAGUUUGGUCCAAGGGAACAGAAGAAUUCUUCAGGGAGCUCAGAUUCCAGAGACUCUCCAGUCCCUGGUGAGGUCAUGGAGGAGGAUGAGGAAGUCCUGAUGAGGAGGCAGAAACAGAUCACAUAUGGGAAGAACACACUCGCCUACGACAGAUAUAUAAAGGAAGUACCCAAGCACUUGAGGCAGCCAGGAGUUCAUCCUAAAACUCCUAACAAGUUUAAGAAAUACAGCCGGCGCUCAUGGGACCAGCAGAUUAAAUUGUGGAAGGUGAAGAUUCACGCGUGGGACCCCCCAGCCCAGGAGGGCAGUGAGCUGCAGGCCAUAUAUGAGGUUGACUUGGAUGAUGUCAUGGAUAUUGAGCUAGACUUCCCUGAGCUGGAUUCCGACUCAAGCGCACAGCCUCCUAAAGUCAGCAAGGCCUCUUCGUCUCAAGCAGACUCCUUCCAAGUAACUCCCUAGAUGAUGAAAAUGGAUACAUCAGUUGACCUUGAAAUGGCCUAAAUGUCCUUGGUGGUUGAGAGGAUAAUGUGGAAAGGCCUGGGGUAUUGAUUUCCCCCAGCACCAUGUUUGAAAUGGAUGCAUCCACCAGUGAUCACCUCUUUUUGGUGGAAUGCAGUUUCUGGUAGAGACAUGCCUCAGACCCAUUCUCAGCUGUCUUUUGACAGCUAUCACCCAGCAGGGCAAAAAUUAUUGAAUGCUUAAAAUACCAGGACAAAUUGAUGAUAGGUUGAAUUCAGUCAGUGACCUGAAUUGUGUAUCACAUUUUUUUGAAAUUGUGUUGUGAAUGCUUGCAUUGUAUUUUAUAGUUGAUUGCCUUGUAUGCUGUAUCUUUAUUGUGAGUAGAUGAAGUGUUUUUGUUCAAUUAUAUAUUUUUUAUAUAUAAACUUUGAAUACAA